GGUUUUCAGAAGACAGAGCUCUGGGCACAUCCACCAUGGCCUGGACCCCUCUUUUACUCCUUGUCCUCACUCUCUGCACAGGCUCCGUGGUCUCCAGUGAGCUAACUCAGCCGCCCUUUGUGUCAGUGGCUCUGGGAGAGAUGGCUACAAUCACCUGCACUGGAGAGGAACUGGAAUAUGGUUAUGUACACUGGUACCAGCAGAAGCCAGGGCAAGCCCCUUUAACGGUCAUUUAUGGGGAUAGUGAGAGGCCCUCUGGGAUCCCAGAGCGAUUCUCUGGCUCCAAGUCAGGGAACACGGCUACCCUCACCAUCAGCAGCACACAGGCCGAGGACGAGGCUGACUAUUUCUGUCAGUCCUAUGACAGCAGUGCUGAUGCUUAUGCGUUCGGCGGAGGGACCCAGCUGACCGUCCUAGGUCAGCCCACAUCGGCACCCUCGGUCACAGUCUUCCCGCCCUCCUCUGAGGAACUCGCCGCCAACAAGGCCACCCUGGUGUGCCUCAUCAGUGACUUCUACCCCAGAGGCGUGACGGUGGCCUGGAAGGCAGACGGCAGCCCCGUCACCCAGGGCGUGGAGACCACCAAGCCCUCCAAACAGAGCAACAGCAAGUACGCGGCCAGCAGCUACCUGAGCCUGUCGCCUGACAAGUGGAAAUCUCACAGCAGCUUCAGCUGCCUGGUCACGCACGAGGGCAAAACCGUGGAGAAGAAGGUGGUCCCCUCACAGUGCUCUUAGGUCCCCGACACCCUCCCCCACCCAGCGGGGCCUGGAGCCACAGGACCUCCAGGACGAUCUUCCCUCCCCGCAGGGUCAUCCCAGCCCUUCUCCCCGCACCCCGUCAACACUCAAUAAAGUGUCCUUUAUUCAAUCAGAAA